AUGGAGCAGGGCCAGCCAGACCAGGAAUCCGAGCAGGAGGACCCCGAGCAGGGCUCCGAACAGGAAGACGAGGGAGAGCAGCGCAGCCUACAGUUUGACGAAGAGCUCUCGUGGCGACCAGCCAAGUCAAUUCCCGUCGGCACGCUCCUGGACCGUCUCGAGAGGCUCUCCAAAGAGCUUGCCGACCUCGACCAGGGCGCAACCGACCUCGAGUCACUCAAGGAUGUCGCCAGCAAGCUCGGCCAUCGCAACCUCUUGCAGCACAGGGACCGCGGCGUCAAGGCCUACACCGCGUGCUGUUUGGUUGAUAUUUUGCGGCUCUAUGUCCCCGACGCCCCCUUGACCGACGACCAGCUCAAGAUGAUGUUUACUUUGUUCAUCAAGGACAUCCUACCGGCUCUUCACAAUCCGACAGAUCCUUACGACAGCCAGCACAAAUAUGUCUUGAUGUCUCUUACCGAUGUCAAGAGUAUUCUCCUCAUCACCGAAGUUCAUGGUGCAGAUGAACUCCUCUUGCGUCUCUUCAACUCCACCUUUGAUGGAGUAUCGACAGCCUCCAAAGCUGCCUCCGAAGAACAGGUCGCCAAGGAUGUCGAAAUACAUUUGACCGAGAUGCUCAUCCAGUUAAUCGACGAGUCUGGCAGUGUAUCGGCUUCGAUCAUUGACGCCAUCAUUAGCCAGUUCUUGCGAGCUGCUACUCCCGGAGGAAAUCGAAAUCGAGAACAGAACGGCAAUCAGUCUACCCUCCUCGUCAAAACGGAGCCCCCUGCAUACGUCAUGGCCAAGAACAUCUGCAACGGAUGCUCGGACAAAAUGGCCCGCUAUGUGAGCCAGUACUUCAGCGAUGUCAUCCUCAAUGCAUCUGGGUUUGCCACAAAAGCCAAUGGCCAUCGACAGGGAGACGACUCGGAUGAUGAAGACGGCACCUCAGGACCUUCAGACGCAGAUUUGAAGAGCCUACGCCAGGCUCAUCUCCUCAUCCGUGAGCUCUGGCGAGCUGCCCCAGCCGUCCUCCAGAAUGUUGUCCCUCAGAUCGAGGCCGAACUCUCCGCGGACAACAUCCACCUCCGCCAAAUUGCCACUGAGACCAUUGGAGAUAUGGUCUCCGGGAUCGGCGCUGCAGGACCUCCCCCUCCCCCAGGGCUGGACCCAACUGCUUACCCUCCACUCAGACUCCUGGACGAUGCACCAGCAACGCCUACUGAUGAAAAUGUCCUAACCAAGCCCUACUCUCCGCAGUCUUUCGCUCAAACUCACCACGUUGCCUAUCGCAACUUUGUUGGCCGAAAGAAUGACAAGACUGGCACCAUUCGCACAGCAUGGGUCUCGGCCGCCGGUUACAUCCUAUCCACGUCUGCUGGCGGUAUUGGUCUAAGUCGAGAGGACGAGAGCGAACUCAUCAAAGGAUUGGCAGACAAGCUGAACGACAGCGAAGAGAAGGUCCGAUUAGCUGCCGUCAAAGCCAUCGAGCUCUUCGAAUUCCGUGACAUCAUCCUGAAGCUUGGCGCCAAUGGCGGUGUUGAGAAGGAGGGGUCCAUCUUCGCGAGCCUUGCCGACCGGUGUCGAGACAGGAAACCCGCCGUGCGAGUCGAUGCAAUGGUUCUUCUUGGAAAGCUUUGGGCUGUCGGUGCCGAAGAGCUAGCCGAAGGCCAGGAGGCCGUCACGGCUUGUCUCGGUGGAGUUCCAUCUCGCAUUAUCAAUGCAUUCUAUGCCAAUGACCCCGAUCUAAACAUCCUGUUGGAUCGUGUCAUGUUCGAGUGCCUUGUCCCUCUCAAGUACCCUGCGAUCAAGGGAAAGGGGCAAAAGGCUGCUGCCGGGGGUUCUCAGUCCCAAGGACAGGCAAAUGGAAGCCAGACCGAUCAAGACAAAAUCCGAGCUGAGAGAAUCUUGCUGAUGUUGAAGUCGCUCGAUGCCCCUGCCAAGAAGGCCUUCUUCGCCAUGCAGGCUCGCCAGCCGCAGGUCGCCAAAGGUGUUGCUGUGUUCAUCCAGCAAUGCGAGGCGUACAACGGUGGUGUCAUCGAUUCAAACGAGGAGAAGGUCAAGGCCGGUUUGAACAAGACCUUGCAAUGGUUCGGUACAUUCUUCCCCGAUCCGCUUAGGGUUCGCAGCGAUCUUCAAAAGUUCGCAAAGCUCAAUGAGCGCCGCAACUACCAACUCAUGAAGUUUGCCAUUGGUUCGGACAGCGACUACAAGACCGUGCGAAGGGCGAUCAAUGAGUUGAUUGCCAAAAUUCAGGCUAGCUCGGCAGCGAGCUGCCUGGACACCCUCAUUCCCCUCUUGUAUCGCUCCAGCUCUCUCAUGUUCAACCGAAGUCACCUUUCAACCAUCAUGGAUUACUCCAAGAACGACAAGGACGGGUUUGCCACGGUUGCUCACGAGAUUCUCAACGAUAUUUCACAACGUAACCCAGAUCUGUUCAAGGCUCAUUCAGAGAACCUGCGCAAAGAGAUCAUUAGCCAAGUGCCAUCAGAAACGCGACCUAACGACCCCGGUCUGGUGGAUAUCCUCAAAGCGUACUCCUCAUACUCCAAAAGAUAUCCCGACGACAUCACGUACGAUAGGAAGUUCAUCCAGGUCCUCAUGGAAUAUGCACUCUAUGGCACUCCCCCCAGAGCCGCAAAGUAUGCCGUGAACAUUCUACUCGCCAAGAACGACGACAAGAGCAAGGUCACUGCCACCACGCUUCUCCAGAAAGUCAUGAAGGAUUGGGACUAUGGGUCACCUCAUUUCCUCAACCGGCUGGCCGCUGUUAGCCAGCUGGGGCGACUUGCACCAACAGUUACCGUGGACUUCGACGAUGCGAUUCAUGAACUUACCAUCAAAAAGAUCUUGCGCCAAGUUCGUACAGAGGAAGAGGACCCCAAGGUUUCGUGGGUUAACGAUGCGGAUAUGAAUGAGGAGCUCCAAGCGAAGUGCCUCGCUCUGAAAACACUGGUCAAUCAGGUGCUUGCAAAUGAGCAGCAGCCCGAUGCCGAUGAGCGAGUUAAGCCUGUGUUCAAGCUGCUCAAGACGAUUGUCGUGAUGGAGGGAGAGUUUUGCAAGGUCAAGGACACCCCCUUGGCCCAUAAGAAACGCCUCAGGCUUCUUGCUGGUCAGUUGAUCUUGAAGCUCUGCACCGUCCGGAAGUAUGACGAUCAGUUGGACGCGGCAAGCUUUAACAAAUUGGCCGAGCUUGUGCAAGAUAGCGAGCUUCAGGUCCGUCGUCGGUUCAUGGAGAAGCUCCAGAACUACCUCACCAGGGGCCGGCUGCGUGCGAGAUUCUACACAAUCCUCUUCCUGGUUGCUUUUGAGCCAGUGACAGAGUUGAAGAGCAGGGUAGAGACUUGGAUCAGGUCUCGUGUGAGAUACUACGCCGAGACUGAGAGGAAUAUCAUGGAGGCCAUGAUGGGAAGGCUGAUUCCUUUGCUGGCUCACCACCCCGAUUACAGCUCAGAUGCUCAUGAUCUCGCUGACUUCGCCAACUACUUCUUGUUUUACCUGGGUGUCGUAGCUUCUGAGGAGAACAUUUCCCUGAUCUACAAAUACGCCGAAAGGGUUAAGCAGACUCGGGACGGUAUCAACCCCGAGGCAAGCGACAGGCUCUAUGUUUUGAGUGACCUCGCACAGGCCGUCGUUCGGAAGUGGCAGGAGAAGAGGAGUUGGGUUUUCCAAGCCUGGCCAGGCAAGGUUGGUCUGCCAACCGGACUCUACCAGGCCCUUCCCUCCAGCGAAGUGGCUCAAGAAAUUGCCAAGAAGCAAUACAUUCCAGAUGAGCUGGAUGAAAAGCUAGAUGAUUUGAUCAGGGCCCUGGAUCGCAAGAAGAAACGUAAGUCCAUGAGUGAGCGGAAUGAUCCUCCUGCCAAGCGGGCUAGGACACAAAUCAAGACCGUGAUUCGGGAAAAACGUGUCGGCAAGAGCAAGUCGGCAAAGGCGAAGAAGAGCAGUAAGGUUAGAAAGCCUAGGCCUUCCAAGGGCGACUCAUCCCCGCCUCCUGGGGAGCGCCGCCGGAGCGGUCGUGCUCACCGGGUAUCUGUCUACACCGAGCGAGAUGAUGAGGAAGACGAGGAGGAAAUGCUGGAAGGCGUGGCUGAGUGGGAGUAUGAAAAGGACAACUCGGAUCGGGAUUCAGAGCUAUCGGACGCCCCCUCGGAUGAUGAUGGAGACAACAAUGGUGACAGCGACGCGGAAUCGGAAGACGACGCGCCACCAAAGGACGAUGAGGAGGCCCCCGAGUCCGAGGAGGAGCCCGAGCCGCCCAAGUCCAAUGGAAGCAAGACAGCUGCUAAGGCCAGCGCGUUGGCAGAGGGGCAGCGUGCCUCUCGGUCAACUAGGUCGCGUCGGGGCGGCAAGGACGAGAUGGACGUGGACAGCGACGAAUGA